AAAAGCUCAUACAACUAACUAUAGUCUGGUCUAUACACAACAACGGUAACAUAGCGUCAUAUCAUAACCUAUCUUCAUCAAUUCCCAUCUUUACUCGUUUUCUACGCUGUUUGUUUUCCAGAUUCACUUUCUUCCCACUUCUUCAUCUCCUUAACUAUUACUUCAACACAUACAUACCAUACCACUUCUUCAAUCUCAUACAUUUUUAUAUCAUUCAUUCUCAUUAUAUUUAUACAAUAUAUAUUACCAGUUGCAGGUUAUUUAUACCUUAGAACGAAAUGACGGACCUUCAAGGUAUUGGUAUUUCAGCUGCAGUAAACCUACUGUCUGCUCUAGUAUUCCUCAUUGUGUUUGCAAUAUUACGACUUCAACCUAUAAACGAUAGAGUUUACUUCCCGAAAUGGUAUCUAAAAGGAAUCAGAGCAACUCCAACGCAUUCUAGAGGGUUGGUGAACAAGUUUGUCAACUUGGAUCUCAGGACGUAUUUACGUUUUCUAAACUGGAUGCCAGAGGCAUUAAGAAUGCCAGAACCUGAGCUCAUUGAACAUGCUGGACUUGAUUCGGUGGCGUAUAUUCGAAUUUACCUUCUCGGGUUGAAAAUAUUUGUUCCUAUUGCGGUACUAGCAUUUGCUGUUCUGCUACCUGUUAAUUGGACGGGAAGAAUGUUGGAAGGUUCUCAUGAUUUGAGUUUUAGUAAUAUUGACAAAUUGUCAAUAUCAAACAUUCCAAUGGGAUCACAAAGAUUUUGGGCACAUAUUGGUGUGGCAUAUAUUGCCACAUUUUGGACUUGUUACAUGCUAUAUAAAGAGUACAAGAUAAUAAUGACCUUGAGGUUGGAAUUCAUUGCUUCUGCAGAUCGACGUCCAGAUCAAUUUACAGUUCUUGUGCGGAAUGUUCCACCAGAUCCUGAUGAAUCUGUCAGCGAGCACGUUGAACAUUUUUUCUAUGUAAAUCAUCCUGACCAUUAUCUCUUACACCAGGUCGUAUACAAUGCCAAUAAACUAGCCAAGUUGGUUGACAAGAAAAAGACUAUGGAGAAUUGGUUAACCUACUAUCAAAAUAAGUAUGAGAGAAAACCCUCAAAAAAACCGACUACUAAGACAGGUUUUUGUGGUCUUUGGGGAGCUCGUGUCGAUGCAAUUGAAUAUUACGCCCAGGAGAUUGAGAAACUCAGUGAGCAAGAAGCUGCAGAGAGAGAACGAGUUCUAAGUGAUCCAGAAGCUAUAUUGCCUGCGGCAUUUGUCUCGUUCAAAAGUCGAUGGGGAGCUGCUGUUUGUGCUCAGACUCAGCAAUCAAGAAAUCCUACUAUAUGGUUGACAAAAUGGGCUUCUGAACCAAGUGAUGUUUACUGGGAUAAUCUUGCAAUACCAUAUGUUGAACUCAAAAUAAGAAGGCUACUCAUGGCUGGUGGCCUUUUCCUCCUCAUAUUCUUUUUUAUGGUUCCUAUAACGUUUGUUCAAUCGGUUGCCAACAUUGAUGGAAUUGAGAAGGUGUUGCCUUUCUUGAAGCAUUUAAUUGAAAAGCCAGUUGUGAAGUCCUUUAUCCAAGGAUAUCUGCCUGGAAUCAUACUGAAGAUAUUUCUCCUCCUCAUUCCAAUCGUUAUAAUGAUUAUGUCCAAGAUAGAAGGCUACACUUCAUUCUCAUCAUUGGAGAGAGUAUCUGCAGGCAAAUACCAUUUGUUUAUUCUGGUAAAUGUUUUCCUUGUAAGUAUUAUUGCAGGAACAGCAUUGGAACAACUCAAAUCAUUUCUGAACCAGUCUCCUAGCGAGAUUCCAAAAACUAUUGGGGUGUCAAUGCCAAUGAAAGCCACUUUUUUUAUAACAUACAUCAUGGUGGAUGGUUGGGCUGGUGUUGCUGCAGAAGUCCUCAGAGUAGUUCCUUUAGUUAUCUUCCAUUUAAAGAACACAUUCUUAGUUAAAACGGAGAAGGAUAGGGAGCAAGCAAUGGAUCCUGGGUUUUUGGACUUCGCUAUAUAUGAGCCUCGGAUUCAGCUUUACUUUUUGCUUGGGCUAGUUUACUGUGCAGUCACGCCAAUACUUCUUCCGUUCAUUAUUGUCUUCUUUGCGUUUGCUUACUUGGUUUUCCGACAUCAGAUUAUUAAUGUCUACGAUCGGAAAUAUGAAAGUGCUGCUGCUUUCUGGCCAGAUGUACAGCGGCGCAUAAUCAUUGGACUUGUUAUAUCGCAACUUUUGUUGCUAGGAUUGUUGAACACAAAGGGUCUGAAGAUGUCAACGCCAUUUCUAAUUGUCCUCCCAAUUUUCACAAUCUGGUUUUAUAGACUUUGCAAAGGGCGUUUUGAAUCGGCAUUUACCAGGUUCCCUUUGCAGGAAGCCAUGAUGAAGGAUACCUUGGAACGAGCAACAGACCCAAUGCUGAACUUAAGAACUUACUUGCGUGAAGCUUAUCUGCAUCCAAUUUUUAAGGGUGGUGAAAUUUUUUAUCCGCCACCCAGUGACGAGGAAGAAGGUGCUCCACUUGUAGCUACGAAACGAUCACAAAGGAGUAGCAAAGUUACCUCUCUUGCCAGUUCAGAAGUUAGUGUAUAGUAUUUUUUUGUACAUAUAUUCAAUUUAUUUCUUUAUGGUUCUUGUAUAUCAUUCACAAUGUUUUGAUUACUUACAAAUAGAGGCAAGUUUUGAAAGGAAAUAAGGAUAGAGGGAAAUAUCUCUGGUAUAGAAAUCGGUCUGCUUUAAAAUUUGGUGGAAUUGAUGUAGCAUGGUGAAUGGGGGAAUUGAAAUAAGUAUGGUAAAAAUUGGUGGGAAGUUCAGCAUAA